AUGUCGGCUCUUGUCCCCACAUGCAAGCACAAGCACGGGUUUCCGAGGCGGAGAACACAAGCGGGCAAGGCGGGCCAUCCACACUGUUGGGUGCUGGGAGAGCCAGGCCUAAAUCAAGCAGCAUUGAGGCCAAAUGCCAACGUGGUGUACCACCAGACUCGCGCCGACCUUGCCUCAAUUGGAACCGAGAAGGCAGCUGCAAGGGACUUUGGUUACGCACAGGGCCGUUCUCCGCCUCCGGCAGUCCAGGACUCGCCGUACGCUUAUCAGGACUUGGCGGUUGCUGCCGUAUCUUUAUCGCUUACUACUUGA